CAAGACCUACCACCGGUGUGACAAUAAUGCAGUUUUUACUAGUUGAUGAAAUUCACAGAGUAUUUGAAGGCAACGCUUGACCUCGCGGCCACAUGCGGGACGCUGAAGCGAUUCCCCCCGCCAAACGCUCGGGGGCAGCAACAUCUGUCAAGCGGCCAACGCGCACAUUGCCGCUUACGUCAGAGACGACGAAGAAGAAGCUUCACAUGUCCCUUCUUCAGCUGUCGUCACCGCUUGGAAAGUCUCUGCUGCUCUUCGUCGGAGCGAGCACCUAAUUCGGAAAAAAAUAAAAAAAAUGGCACUGAUGGGAAUCCAGCUGGUGGUCAGUUUGCUGACCGCCAGCAUCAUGCAGAGGAUGGCGCCGCAUUGCUCCUUUGCACGCUGGCUCCUCUGCAAUGGCAGUCUGUUCCGGUUCAAGCACCCAUCCGAGGGGGAGCUGUGUGCGCUCGCUGGGAAACAGAUGCCCAAAACAAAUAGGAGAGACAGGAGACAAAAUGGAGAGAACAAGCCUCUCACUGUGCCCAGAGACAUCAACCUUCACCUGGAGAAAGCUCCAGUCAAUGCCAUGGACGCCCUUGUGCUGCGUUUCUUCCUGGAGUACCAGUGGCUGAUUGACUUUGCCGUCUAUGCGACUGGCGUCUUCCUUUUCACCGAGUGUUACUACAAUGUGGUGGAUGCCAGCAAGGAGGUGAAUAUUGGCGCCAUCUGGUGUGUUCUCACUGUUCUUUUUGGCCUCAAAACCCUCCACACGCUGAUGAGCCACUACUUCCGCUCGGAGGAGGGCGGCGAACGUUCCGUGUGCCUCGCUUUCGGCUUCCUGUGCCUGUUGGUAGCCAUGCUGGUACUGGUGGUCCGGGAGGACUACCUGGAGUUUGGCUUGGAGUCGGGCUUUUCCAGCCUCUUCGACAACUUGGAGGUGUUUGCCAAGCAGCAGGGCUACGCUGACUGGUCGAUCCCCGUCACCAAGCUGACCGUGAAGCUCAGCCUGGCCGCCUUCUGCGCCUACGUCGGCGCUCUGAUGGCGUUCCCUGGAUUGCGUCUGGCUCAGACUCACCUGGAUGCCGUGCAGAUGAACUCGGAUCGUCCACUCAUUCAGAUUUUACUACACAUGAGCUUCCUAUCUCCGGUUGUCGUGUUGAUUCUGUGGGUUAAACCCAUGGCCAGGGACUUCCUCGCCAACGCGCCCCUGGGGAAAACCUCUGUCAUUCUGGUGUCCAGCGAUGCCUUUGACAGCGUGCGGCUGUGGACCGUGGUGGCUCUGUGCGUCCUGCGGCUAGCGCUAAUCCGCUACCACCUGCAGGCCUACCUCAACCUGGCUCAGAAGUGGGUGGAGCAAAUGAAGAAGGAAGCUGGGCGUAUUGCCGCCAUUGACAUUCAGAGGAAGGUUACACGUGUGUUUUGCUACCUGAGCGUAGUGACUCUCCAGUAUGUGGUUCCAGUGCUUCUCAUCCUCUUCUCCACGCUGGCCCUCAAGGCACUGGGGGGAUUCUCUUGGGGCGGAGCAAGUGCAGACGAGACCCCCGGCGUGAAGCCCGCCUCGCCGUUGCCCACGGCGGCGCCAGUCAUCUCGGGCGCUCUGGACGAAGAUGAGGAGUUAUUCGAGGACAUGGAGGAGGACAUCCAGGUCACGGUGGCGCGCCUUUUGGAGAUGUUAGCCGCGCUGCGCUCCGUUCUCACACCGCUCUUCUUCAGGGGCUUCUUCGCCUUCCUCACCUGGUGGGUGGCAGCCUGCCAGGUGGUCAGCUCGCUUUUAGGCGUCUACUUCCACCAGUACCUUAUGCACAACUAGGAAGACACACGGAUGCACAGAGCUUUUGGAUGCUCCGAAACAUUGUUGCUCAGGUGAGACCGGAACCGGCUUCUGGUAUGAAAACAUCAUCAACAAAAAAGGCAACAUCUUCCACCUGCUUCACAACUUUAUGCAACAUUUCAGACUCAAUCCUGCUGCUUCAAAUGCUGCAUUCAACAUUUGACUUCCUACAAUAUUUAUACAUAAGGCCAGCUGCACAUCAAGUGAUACGGUCAAACAUGACUGAAGUUUUGCUUUGUGUGAGGGGUUCUGCAACUACUGCUGCGAUUCAAAAUGUAAGGUCCCGUAUUUUGUCUAUUUAGACCUCCGUAGGAUGACUCUCUAACAUGGACUUAGUAUAAAAUUUUUAAUUUUAUUUAAAAUAAAAAAAAUUAAAAUCCUUGGUUUUGUCAUACGCGUGUCCAGAAAAGCCCCUCUGACAACUACUUCUGUUUGACCUAGUUUUGUAUUCACUUUGUUCAUAUUUGGCUAAGACCCACUUGUGAGAAUACGUGUUUGUAAUGGUGACAGCGCGGGGUCUGGAACGGACAGGGAAGUCUGAGAUCUUUGCUCGUGAUGUAGAUAAGCUUGAUAAAUUUCUGGAACUCAGGAAUGCAUGGACGAUUUUAAUUCAUAUUCCACAUAUUUUCUGAGGCACCACAGAGACAAUAUACCUUCCCAAGUACUACAAAAAGUUGGUUUGGCAAAAUAUAUCCCCUUUAAAUCGCAGGUGAACGGCAUCGCAAAGUUGCAGAUGUAACGGCCUAUCAAAAAGGUUAUCUCUUAACAUGAGCUUUCACAACACAAAUUUAUGUUUCCUGGUAUCACGCGAGAUCAAGCCGGACGGCACUAGGCCGAACUAAGACAGUGCAUACAAUAAUACACAACUACUGUAUAUAAUUUCAUAUGUACAUCUGGAUGAGAAAGCGAAGCAUGGAGAGUCUCUGUAGCCUAAAUGCACGAGUGGAGCCAAUAAAUUGGGCGCUCAUUGCCAAGAGCCUUUCAAAUAGUCACACUCACGCUCCUGUUUUCUCACUUUGUAUUAUUGUAAUAUAACUACAGCGGCCAUGGCAAUCCUCGUGGCAAUGGCGCCACGUUAUUUGUGGUUCAAUAAUAAAAACUAUGCAGUACAGUAUAAGGUAUGUGGUUCCUCAAAACUUUGUUUCCUGAUGAGAACACCAGGGGUCGCAAUUUUUCUGUUGUAUUGAGUUUGUGUGUGAGGGUCAAUCGCCAGGAGUGUGGGUGUAAGACUGUGCGUCAUAGAAUCUUUUGUCUCUGCUUGUCCAGUUCAGUCGCAUUCAACUGUCGCUCAAUGUGCAAAAACUGGGAAGUCUGCACUGAAAUGCUGCUCAACUAUAUUUCUAUGUCUCUGUAUGAAGGAGUAUUAGGACCUUAGAAUUUUUUAAAUAUAUAUAUAUACACAAGUCGAGAUCUUCCAUCCAUCCAUCCAUUUUCUGAGCCGCUUCUCCUAAUUAGGGUCACGGGCGUGCUGGAGCCUAUCCCAGCUAUCAUUGGGCAGGAGGCGGGGUACACCCUAAACUGGUUGUCAGCCAAUCGCAGGGCACAUACAAACAAACAACCAUAAGCACUCACAAUCACACCUACGGGCAAUUUCGAGUCACCAAUUAAUGCAUGUUUUUGGGAUGUGGGAAGAAACCGGAGUGCCCGGAGAAAACCCACGCAGGCACGGGGAGAACAUGCAAACUCCACACAGGCGGGGCCGGCCGGGUAUUGAACCUGGGUCCUCAGAACUGUGAGGCUGACCCUCUAACCAGUCAUCCGCCAAGUCGAGAUCUUACUGGAAUAAAGUAUUUUUUUCGAAAGUGAAGUCCCAUUUUUUUCAAAAAAAAAAAAAAAAGGCAUUUUAUGAAAACAAAAAGUCAUAAGAGUAAGGUCAUCUUACGAGGGGAAGUACUAGCAGCUUUUAAAAAGUGAAAAACCUUUUCACUUUUAGUAUUAGAUGUUCAGGAAAAAGAAGCACACAGAAACAAGUAUUCUGUUCAUUAAAUGAUCUUUGUUCUUGUAUUAUAACUUUUUGUUGUUGUCAGAUAUCCUUUCAUUGCUCAAAAAAAUCAACUGUUUGGCUUUACUUGGCUUAUAUUUUCUUUGCCACCUUAGCAUGGUAUCUAGCUAUUCCCAUGCUGUGAUGUAUUCUUUUGGGCCAAAAGCUGACAAUUUUCAAGCAGCUUUGUUUACUGCUCGUCAUUGGUGACUUUGUUAGGGCGACGCAGUGUCAACAGUGACAGUUUGUACUUUUUAUUGGUGUGUUAUUGUAUCAUGUUAUUGUUUUAUUAAGGAACCGAUUCAAGAGUGCUAUUCUUAUUUUUUUUUUGUGUGGUUGAACAUUUUUGUUAAUCAUCUACAUUAUCCCUCCAGAUUUCCUAAGUGCCUGAAAGCUGAAGGAUUUUUAACAAAACCUCCCUUUUAUCCCUUUUUGUAACUAUUUUUAGUAAGUAGCUUAUAAUGAGAAGGAAUCAUGACUCACCAGCUGUGUUUUUAGUUGCAGCAUCUUAAAUUGUUUUGUGAAAGUGGCAUUUAUUUAUUUGUUGGUGACAAAUUAUGACAACCAUUUCCUAAGAGGAAUUUACUUCAUUUGAAGUAAAUUUUGCUUAGGGUUAAGAAUUUGCUUAGUGAAUUUGCUUAGGAUAGAGAUUAUACAAAAAGAUUCAGUAAUGUGAAGUGCAACUGAAUAAUCUUUUGACGUUGGAAUGCAUGGUGUGUGUUUUUAAAAUAAUUGUUUUUUUUCUUGCUAAAUUUUUGUGGCUUAUUAAAAGCAUUUAUUCUC